UGACUUCUUUUUUUAGUAAUGAAUAAAGUAUACAAAUUUCAUUGGAUUUUUUAUUAAAUUCGAAUUUUCCUCUUUUGUCAACAUUUUUAAAAUCUCCUAUUUCUGUGGGGGAAAACAAACGAAAAAAGACAUCAGUUUUUAAUGUCGGACGCUGAGAUCACGUGAGACCCGUAAUAAGUACGACAGGUUAGGGUAAAACUGUCAAUUUGCUCCGACGGUUCUCCGCAGCUGUCUCAAAAUAUAAGAGGCGAGUGCUCAGAGACGCUCCGUAGACCGUAGAUUCCCUCUUCUUCUUUCUUUCUCUGCACUGUUCUUUCUUUUCAUCUCUCUAUCUCUCUUAAGAUUUUUCUGUCCUAAGGUUACCUGAAUUUUGUCGGUACUUGAUAUCAAAAUGGCUACUGAAUAUAAGCCCAAGAACAUUCUCAUUACGGGAGCUGCUGGAUUCAUUGCUUCUCAUGUUGCCAACAGACUCAUCCGUAGCUACCCGGAUUACAAGAUCGUCGUCUUGGACAAGCUUGAUUACUGCUCAGAUCUGAAGAACCUCGAUCCUUCGUUUUCUUCCCCAAACUUCAGGUUCGUGAAAGGAGAUAUCGCUAGUGAUGACCUCGUUAACUACCUUCUCAUCACUGAAAACAUCGACACCAUCAUGCACUUUGCUGCUCAAACCCAUGUCGAUAACUCUUUCGGUAACAGCUUUGAGUUUACCAAGAACAAUAUUUACGGUACUCAUGUUCUUUUGGAAGCCUGCAAAGUAACUGGACAGAUCAAGAGGUUUAUCCAUGUGAGUACCGAUGAAGUCUAUGGAGAAACAGAUGAGGACGCUGCUGUUGGAAACCAUGAAGCUUCUCAGCUUUUACCGACGAAUCCAUACUCAGCUACUAAGGCUGGCGCUGAGAUGCUGGUGAUGGCUUAUGGUAGAUCAUAUGGUUUACCGGUUAUCACAACUCGUGGCAACAAUGUUUAUGGUCCUAACCAGUUCCCUGAGAAAAUGAUUCCUAAGUUCAUGUUGUUGGCUAUGAGUGGGAAGCCGCUUCCCAUCCAUGGAGAUGGAUCUAACGUCAGGAGUUACUUAUACUGUGAAGACGUUGCUGAAGCCUUUGAGGUUGUUCUUCACAAAGGAGAAGUGGGUCACGUCUACAAUAUUGGAACAAAGAGAGAAAGAAGAGUGAUUGAUGUGGCGAGAGACAUCUGCAAACUCUUAGGGAAAGAUCCUGAAGCAAGCAUUCAGUUUGUGGAGAAUCGACCCUUUAAUGAUCAACGAUACUUCCUUGAUGAUCAGAAGCUGAAGAAUCUUGGAUGGUGUGAGCGAACCGGGUGGGAAGAUGGAUUGAAGAAGACGAUGGAAUGGUACACUCAGAACCCUGAGUGGUGGGGUGAUGUCUCUGGAGCUUUGCUUCCUCACCCGAGGAUGCUUAUGAUGCCCGGUGGUAGAGUUUCUGACGAGAAGAAAGACACAUCAAGCAACACCGUCCAGACAUUUACUGUUGUAACACCAAACAACAAGGCUCAUGAUCCUAAAGACAAAGCCUCGUUGAAGUUUCUGAUCUAUGGCAAGACUGGUUGGAUCGGUGGUCUUCUAGGGAAAUUAUGUGAGAAGCAAGGGAUCACAUAUGAGUAUGGGAAAGGACGGUUGGAGGAUAGAGCUUCUCUCAUGGCGGAUAUUCGUAGCAUCAAGCCUACUCAUGUCUUUAACGCUGCUGGUUUAACUGGGAGACCUAAUGUGGACUGGUGUGAAUCUCACAAGCCAGAGACUAUUCGUGUCAAUGUCGCUGGUACUUUGACUCUUGCAGAUGUUUGCAGAGAGAAUGGUCUCUUGAUGAUGAACUUCGCCACCGGUUGCAUCUUUGAGUAUGACGCUGCACAUCCUGAGGGUUCGGGUAUAGGUUUCAAGGAAGAAGACAAGCCUAACUUCACCGGUUCUUUCUACUCAAAAACCAAAGCCAUGGUUGAGGAGCUUUUGAGAGAGUUUGACAAUGUAUGUACCUUGAGAGUGCGGAUGCCCAUCUCGUCAGACCUAAACAACCCACGAAACUUCAUCACCAAGAUUUCGCGCUACAACAAAGUGGUGAACAUCCCCAACAGUAUGACCAUACUGGACGAGCUUCUCCCAAUCUCCAUCGAGAUGGCCAAGAGAAACCUAAGAGGGAUAUGGAACUUCACCAACCCAGGGGUGGUGAGUCACAACGAGAUACUCGAGAUGUACAAGAGCUACAUCGAGCCAGGUUUUAAAUGGUCCAACUUCACAGUUGAAGAACAAGCAAAGGUCAUUGUUGCUCCUCGAAGCAACAAUGAAAUGGAUGGUGCUAAACUAAGCAAGGAGUUCCCAGAGAUGUUACCCAUUAAAGAGGCACUGAUCAAAUACGUCUUUGAACCAAACAAGAGAACCUGAGCCCUCAAUAAACAACACACAAGACGCCACAAGUGCUUAUCUAUAACUGUUUUUUUUUAAUAUUAAAAUGUCUUUUUAUGUUUGCUCGUCAUCUUACAUCCUUGUAGGUAGUUGCACUAUAUUGAUUCUACUAAAAUAUGAUUUUAUCAUUCUUAUUUAAUAUUUAUAGAGACGAGAAUUUUUCUUUUUCUCAAA